AUGGCUGAAAGGAACACCACCAAAGUGACACAGUUUAUUCUUUUGGGCUUUUCUGUCCACAGAGAGAUUGAAAUUAUUCUCUUUGUGAUCAUUUUUGCAGUAUAUACUUUGACUUUGUUAGGAAAUGUUGGGAUGAUUUCAUUGAUCCAGUUGGAUUCUCGGCUUCACACACCCAUGUAUUUUUUCCUCAGUAAUCUGGCCUUUGUAGACCUCUGUUACUCCUCGUCAAUAGCUCCCAAGUUCCUAGAUACCCUCGUGACCAAGCAGAGGUCUAUAGCUUUCUAUGCAUGUGCAACACAACUGGGCUUUUUCCUGAACUUCUUGAUUUCAGAGAUGUUCCUCCUCGCAGUGAUGGCUUAUGACCGCUAUGUGGCCAUUUGCAAUCCUCUUCUCUACAUGGUGCACAUGUCCCAAAAGGUGUGCACGUGGCUGGUAUUGGGCCCCUACUUAUACAGCUUUUCUGUUGCUUUGCUCCACACCAUAGUUACUUUCCAAUUGACCUAUUGCGGCCCCAAUAUAAUCAAUCAUUUCUAUUGUGAUGAUGUCCCUCUGAUGGCCCUUGCCUGCUCAGACACCAGCCUCAAAGAGAUCCUGAUAUUCAUCUUUGCUGGGUUCAACAUGGUCAGCUCAUUGGCCACUGUGCUUAUUUCCUAUCUGUACAUUGUGGCUGCCAUCUUGAGAAUCCAGUCUACAGAAGGGAGGCGCAAAGCUUUCUCUACUUGCGCCUCUCACCUGACUGCUGUGACCAUCUUCUAUGGGACUCUGAUCUUCAUGUAUCUACAGCCCAAAUCCAACCAUUCCCUUGACACAGACAAAAUGGCCUCUGUGUUCUACACCAUGGUCAUCCCCAUGCUGAACCCCAUGAUCUACAGCCUGAGGAAUCAGGAGGUAAAAAACGCCUUGAGGAAAGCCGUGGGAAAAUGUUACGUCCUGCCACUAACACAUUUUAAAAAGGGAGUUUCCUGA